GUUAAUAUGUUCAUACAUAUUCAUGCCACUAGCUGCUGUCAUCGGCGUCCCAUGGUCUGAUACAAAAACUGUUGGCGCAUUGAUCGGGAAGAAAAUUGUCAUUAAUGAAUUCCUCGCUUACGCCGAUUUAGGGACCAUGAUUAAAGAAGGCUCCCUUGAUGAAAAGUCUGCCGUAUUGGCAACAUACAUUCUAUGUGGAUUCGGGAGUAUAGCAGCUCUGGGUAUAAAUCUGGGCAGUCUGACGUCAUCAGCUCCAGAAAGACGCUCGCAAUUCGCCCAGCUAUCUUUACGGUCUAUGAUAAAUGGAAACAUUGCAUGCUUCAUGACAGCGUGCGUAGCAGGGGUGUUAUUCCAGACGUCACUGUCACUUGUUACUAUAUCACCGUUUAUGAAUACGGCGGAAGUGGCAUCAACUUUGAACUUUACUUUAAAUACAACUUUAUCAUCGUUGUUCAAUAGUUCACAAUCUUAAAAAUAUUUUACAGUUCAUAAUCUUUUAAAGUAAUACAUCUUUUCAUUUAUAAACAGACUUUACCCUUUAUAUUUUGUGUCUCAAAUAUCAUAUACAUUUCAACAUAAUU